GCGACUGCCUACCAAAAUACUGCAUCACCAAGAUACGUCGGAUUGGCGAGCUCCAGUAAUUUUGGUUUUCUACACCGACCAUAGAGCGCAAUUCUACCAAGGCAUGACUUAGUCGCAUCCACGGUUCAGCAUAGAGGUAAUGUAUAUUAGCGGACGUCACCAUGUUCAUUUCUUCAUCCCAUACAAAGCGCUUCACACUUCAAUCCAGACAGCGUCUUCGCGGCACUAUACUUGUCACAAAGCCUUUCACGCUACCUUUCACACACCUGUUCACAUCACCUUUUACAAACUACCACCCAAAGACGCUGCAGCUGAUACUACAAUGGCACUCUCCCUAAUAGUCCACGCACCCUUCGAUAUCAUACGGCCAAGACAGCCAAGACAGCUACCCAACGAGUUUGAGCUCUCUAUCCUGCCAUCGGAAUUGCAUGUAGUCCCCAUACCGUUCCCAGCUGCUCACCCUUCAAGAGCAACCUCACCAAUGUCGUCCUCAGCCGCCUCGAUCGCCUCCACAAACAAGACCCCAGCACACUCGGUAUUAUCUUACCGUACGUCAGACGCUUCCACUUCGACAAGCUCCAGACCCACGUCAUCGGCUUCAACGGACUCCAUCUCGUCCCUUUCGACUACACCUGCGCAAAGUGUAGUCUUCAAACCAAAUCCAAAGGUCAAAAGUAUGGACGCAGGACGGAAAAAUACCAAUCUCGAAGUACACAACGUUUUCUUACCACGUGCACCCGUUUUGCGACCUCUGGAAUCUCCUAUGUUGGGUUUGACGAACAUGAUCCCCGAAUUAAGGUUGGAUCUGAUUGUCUCCACGCCCAUGUCAUUGCCUGAGACGCCGGUGCUGCGACCGUGGAGUGAUGGGGAUGGGUUGAAGGCGAUUCCGAAAUUGAACUUGGAUCUUUAGGAACCUCUUCUUCGAGCAGUCGGUCUGGACCGGAUUGGAGUUGGGUUGGAAUUUUUGUUACACGCUAUAUGUUGGCACACCGACGCAUAUUUUCCAUAGAAUAAAGUAGAACGAACAUGAAACCUCACUCGACACUUAUCUAUCGAUGCCUGUGUCAAGCAUCUGUAUGAGUGCGGCUUCUAGU